UCUUCCUUGUCACACCAAGAAGGGAAAGAAGCUGACUGCCAAUGCACGGGCUAUAGAUUUGCGUUUUAUGGAAAUCUUGGGUUUCAGAUUUGAGGAAAACACGUUUAACAUCAUCCCCUCUCCGGCAACUAUGCUUUUCCACGGCCUCCCUGGAGGCGAAAUGCACGUUGUUGUGGAAGAAAUGGACCGGAGAAGAAAGAGCGAAUCCGCAGCUAUCAGUUCGGCCAUAGAUAUGGGAGAAUCUGAAACGAACAUGUCGUGCAUGAACAGCGACAGGGUGUCUUUGUGCGCGGGCUGCGGCGGGAAGAUCGCUGACCGAUACUACCUGCUGGCAGUGGACAAACAGUGGCACAUGCGCUGUCUCAAGUGCUGCGAGUGUAAACUCAACCUCGAGUCCGAGCUCACCUGCUUCAGCAAAGACGGAAGUAUCUACUGCAAGGAAGAUUAUUACAGAAGGUUUUCGGUCCAGAGAUGUGCCCGGUGCCACCUCGGGAUCUCGGCCUCAGAGAUGGUGAUGCGGGCCAGGGACUUGGUGUACCACUUGAACUGUUUCACCUGCACAUCCUGCAACAAGAUGCUAACGACUGGGGACCACUUUGGCAUGAAAGACAGUCUGGUCUACUGUCGGCUGCACUUUGAAAAUCUCAUACAGGGGGAAUAUCAGACACAUUUCAAUCAUGCGGAUGUAGCCUCUCACAAAGGACUGGGACCUGCCAACGCAUUGGGACUAUCCUAUUUCAACGGCGUGGGGAGUGUGCAUAAAGGGCGGCCCAGGAAAAGGAAAAGUCCCGGGCCAGGAGCAGAUUUAGCAGCCUACAAUGCCGCACUCAGCUGUAAUGAGAAUGACGGAGACUCUAUGGACAGGGACUCCUACAGCUCCAGUCAGAAGACCAAGCGCAUGCGGACCUCCUUCAAACACCACCAGCUGAGGACCAUGAAGUCCUACUUUGCCAUCAACCACAACCCAGACGCCAAGGACCUAAAGCAGCUGGCCCAGAAGACUGGCCUCACCAAGCGUGUACUACAGGUCUGGUUCCAGAAUGCUCGGGCCAAGUUCCGGCGGAACCUGCUGAGACAGGAAAACACGGGCGUGGACAAGACCUCAGACGGCUCCACCCUGCAGGGGGGCACACCCUCCGGACCUGCCUCCGAUAUCUCCAAUGCCUCCAUGAGUCCUUCCAGCACCCCCACCACCCUGACAGACCUGACCAACCCCACCAUGCCCACCGUCACCUCCGUGUUAACCUCUGUCUCUGGCAGCAUGGAUGUUCACGAGUGCAGGAGCCCGUUGCAGACCACCCUGACCAGUCUGUUCUGAUGCCCCCUUACAGACGGACCCCUUCAGCUUCAUCUGAUGCCCUGAGCCUUUAAA